AUGGAUUUUAUCGAAAAUAGUGAUAAAAUUGAAGACGAUUGCGAUGUAAUUAGCCAAACUCCAGAUCCCAAACUCAAAAAACACAAAGUUUUAAGUUACGAACAUACAAAUGAUGAAUUUUGUCAUACUUCAAGAAACAAGACAAAUUAUUUCAGCAAAAAACUUUGCAAUGAAGAAGCUGGGCAUAGUAACGAAAUACAACCUUUUAUUUAUGUGAGUUUUGAUAGACUAAAGAGUUACAAUGAGAAUGUGCCGAUAAAUAAUAAUGUUCACAUCAUCGGUAGAUGUAAAAGGGCAAAUAAUGUUGAUUAUUACUUAAAUGAUGUUCUUGAAGUACAUGGCAGUGUUGAAUUGAAUUUUAUUCCACAGUUGGUGAAGUUACCUGAAAAUAAUCAACACGUUUCUGUUUAUGGGCAUUUAUUAUUCAACAGUGAUACUUUGAAGGUUGUCGUGAAGUUUUGGAAAAAUAUAAUGGGGGAUGUUUACGAGUAUAUGAAACUUUUAGAGCUGCAAACAAAAUUUGUACCUGCUAGUUAUUAUGAAGUUAGUAAAAAUUGUGAUUUUAGUGUUUUAGAAGAAAAUACUUUUUGUGAGAAGCAAUCUAUCGUUCGAGAACUCCAUUUGCAAUGACUAUGUGACGG